AUGUAUGUUCAUAACGCUUUCCUUCACGGUGAUUUGGAGGAAGAGGUUUAUAUAAAAUUACCUUCUGGUUUCCACUCUACUGACCCUACGAAGGUAUGUCGUCUUCGCAAAUCCCUCUACGGUCUUCGACAGGCUCCGCACUGUUGGUUUGAGAAACUUGCUACGGCUUUGCGCACGUUUGAGUUCAAGCAAAGCUAUCCUGAUUACUCUCUCUUCUCAUUCGUUCAAAAUGGUAUUGUUCUACAUGUUCUUGUUUACGUCGACGACUUCAUCGUGGCUGGCAAUAAUCUUGACGAGAUUGAACGUUUCAAAGCAUACAUGAGUAAAUGUUUUCAUAUGAAAGAUCUCGGUAACCUUAAAUAUUUCUUGGGUAUCGAGGUGUCUCGUGGACCUGACGGUAUAUUUCUCUCUCAGCGUAACUACGCUCAAGAUAUCAUUGCUGAAGCUUGUCUCCGUGGGGCUAAGACAUUUGCUACUCCGGUUGAGCCUCAUCACAAGCUCGCUUCUGCUCAAGGACCUGUUCUCAAGCGGCCAGAAGAGUAUCGUCGUCUGGUCGGUCGUCUUAUAUACCUCAGUAUUACUCGCCCGGAGCUCAGUUAUAUCAUUCACAUCCUGUCACAGUUCAUGCAAACACCUCUACUUCCUCAUUGGGAAGCUGCCAUUCGAGUGGUUCGUUAUCUUAAGGGUUGUCCUGAGCAGGGCAUUUUACUUCAUUCGGAUAGUGCUGCCUCCUUAAUCGCCUAUUGUGAUUCCGACUGGAAUGCGUGUCCUCUUACUCGUCGGUCUCUUAGCGCCUAUGUGGUUUUUCUUGGCUCAUCUCCCAUCUCUUGGAAGACCAAGAAGCAACACACCGUCUCUAACUCUUCCGCUGAAGCUGAGUAUCGCGCCAUGGCCUAUACUCUGCGAGAAAUAAAGUGGUUACGACAGCUUCUUGAUACGUUUGGGUUACAUCCUUCUCAACCUAUUCAACCGUGA